AUGUUGUCGUGUUUGGACUUAUACACCAUAGGGAGGACGUUGUGCGAGAUUCAGAAUCAGCCCGAUGAACCAUUCGGAAAGUUUAACAUGAUAUUCGCUGGAGAUUUCGCCCAAUUGCCCCCGGUCGCCGGUGGAGAACACGGUUCGCUGUACAGCAGGACCAUUGGGCGAUACAGCACAGACGCGAAGAGUCAGAAAGCAGCGCUCGGGAAGGUUUUGUGGCACCUUGUCACGGACGUCGUAAUCUUGAGAUCGAACAUGCGCCAAAAGGGAUGCACUAAAGACGACCUGAGAAUGAUCCGUGCGCUGGAGAACAUGAGAUUCUGUGCUUGCGACGCAAGAGACUUCGCAUGGUUGAGAUCGCGACUUGCAGUAUCACCCCUUAGCAAGAUCGACAUAACGUCCGAACGGUACCGGCAUGCUUCAAUAAUAACCGCGCAUAACAUUAUCAAAGACGGUAUCAACGACUUAGGAGUGCGCCGAUACGCACAGGAAACGGGACAAGUUCUUGAGUACUUCUAUGCGGAAGACAGGCUACGCGUAGGACAAGACAGUGUAUCCACGCCUAUACCCGUGCACAUUCAGGAACUGCUGUGGAAACAGCCGCCGACUUUCUGUGACUUGCGUAUACCCGGUCGAUUAGCUCUAUGUCGCGGGAUGCCCGUCAUGAUACGGACGAAUGCCGCCACCGAACUGUCAAUGACAAAGGGACAGGAAGGCAUCGUUUACGGUUGGGAUGCUAGAGAUAUGGGAAAUGGACGACUCACGUUGAAUACCCUGUUCGUAAAGCUGGACAAUCCGCCGACGAAUGUGCAGUUCCCGGGUCUACCUCCCAACGUCGUCCCGAUGGUGCGCACUACAAACUCUGUGAAAUGCGACAUGCCACAUCUGAAUAGCAAGCUAAAAGUCUCAAGAUCUCAGGUUGAGGUGUUGCCGAACUUUGCGAUGACCGAUUAUGCGUCACAAGGAAAGUCAAGAGAUAUAAACGUAGUCGAUUUACAAGAUUGUCGUAAUCAUCAUGCUUAUUAUGUUGCGCUAUCCCGGGGACGCAGCUCAGACGGCACCGCAAUCAUUCGCAAAUUUGAAGAGGGUAAGAUCACAGGUGGUUGUAGCGGGGCUUUGCGUCAA